AUGCAUUCCACAUCUGCCCCUGGAUUUGUGGCGCGGUUGGUAGUAAUUGGUGAUGUCUAUUCGACACAAAUGUCUACGCAGGCGCGUGUGUGUGCGUACGACCUGUCAGUCCCACCGCCAGAGAGUGGACUGGCUAUGCACCAAAUGCGAGGGCAGCUACUGCUGCCUCCUGCUUCUAUUAUAACUCAAACCUGUCCCCCGCCUCCCACACUAGCGUUUAUCCACCGGAGCCCUAUCCCCAAUUUUAUUCAAUUCAUCCCCGGUGCUUUAACACUGUGCUACUGUGGCGUGCUGUGCCGCGAUGGGCUGCGUGACCUAGGUAAUGGCCAAUCAAGAGACGGCACCGUGCACCGCAGUGCCACCUACCUUUCACUCCGGCCACCGUGCAGCAUCAGUUACCAGCAAGGGGCUCCGCGUCGUUCGGCCAAAUCAGGUUGCCGCAGCAGUAGUGUCAACACUACCACCACUUCCGACGCGAGCGCGAUGUUUAGGCCGGCGGGACCGCCCGCACUGAAAUCGCCCACUCAGAUUGAAAUGGGCGGGCAGCCGGGGAACCAAUUAAAUCGGGUCAGGGGGCAGGCAGUCGCUGGGGCGAAUUUCUCAGGGGCUAGCAGCUAUCGAUCGGAGGAGGGUGAUUGUCGGUUCCGCCUCCACUUGAAGUAUGUUAAUUAUCUCACCACCCAAGUUUGGAGAGUGGAGACGCGCGAUACCAAGGAGACGGCAAGUAACCGCCUGGUUCAGAAACUGGUCACCCUGCCCUCGCGAUAG